AUGGGGAAUGGAUUAUCAGACCAGACUUCUAUCUUUUCCAGCCUGCCUUCAUUUCAGUCCUUCCACAUUGUUAUGCUGGGUUUGGACUGUGCUGGAAAGACAACUGUCUUAUACAGGCUGCAGUUCAAUGAAUUUGUAAAUACCGUACCUACCAAAGCAUUUAACACUGAGAAAAUUAAGGUAAACCUGAGAAAUUCUAAAACAGUCACUUUUCACUUCUGGGAUGUAGGUGGUCAGGAGAAAUUAAUGCCACUGUGGAAGUCAUAUACCAGAUGCACAGAUGGCAUUUUAUUUCUUGUGGACUCUGUUGAUAUCGAAAGGAUGGAAGAAGCCAAAACUGAACUUCACAAAACAACUAGGUUAUCAGAAAAUCAAGGAGUCCCUGUACUUACAGUUGCUAAUAAACAAGACUUGGGGAACUCAUUAUCUCUUUCAGAAAUUAAGAAAUUAUUAGCAAUGGGUGAACUGAGCUCAUCAACUCCUUGGCAUUUGCAGCCUACCUGCGCAAUCAUAGGAGAUGGCCUAAAGGAAUGA